AUGAGCCUUCCACAUGAGAGACCCACAGAGGGACCACCGGAGACUAUCGAAAGUGCUAGUGAAAGUAUUGGAGGGUACAAACAACUCAGGAGGGCAGUGACUAUUGAUAGCACCGUGGGAAGAGAAACCUUCUUUGUAGCCACUUGGCAAGCUGUUGAACCACCUGAGAUCAAUCUGGUUGAUCCCAAUCGGAAAAGCUACACCAGCAAGGACUUUGUCUCUGAUUUGGUUUUCCAUGUAGCACGUCUCCAGAUUCCAGGAAUUGCAGAGGUGAGUCACGGCUUUUCCCCUGUUCUUGGAGCAAGCGUGACUGCUGUCAUCAGUCCAGAGAACGGAGAUCCCAUUUCCUUGGAACUUCUGGACAAUGGAGCAGGUUCUGACAUUGUUAAGAAUGAUGGCAUAUAUUCCAAGUACUUGUUUUCUUUCCCUGGGAAUGGCAGAUACAGCCUGAAAGCUCAUGUCCAAGCUAACAGGACUAUUGUGCCACAAACUGCAAAGCUGUGGAGUCAUGCCAUGUAUAUACCAGGUUAUGUAGAAAAUGGUAAACUCAAGAUGAACCCAUCAAGACCCCCAGCUAUUAAAAGUGAUAUUCAAGUCAGAAGAGGAGGUUUCCAUAGAACAGCUGUGGGAGAAUCCUUCAUAAUAUCUGCAGUUCCAAUGGGACCUCAUGCUGACGUGUUUCCACCAUGUAAAAUUAUUGACCUUGUGGCCAGAAUAGAAGAUGAUAAGGUCAUUCUAUCAUGGACAGCACCAGGAAAUGAUUUUGACAAAGGCCGAGCUGCAAGUUAUGAAAUCAGAAUAAGUGAGAGUCCUCUGGAACUAAGGGACAGCUUCUAUAACACCGGUGUAGUGAAUACUUCCACUCUCUCACCUCAGCAUGCUGGCUGCAAAGAAAUAUUUGCAUUUAAACCAGAAGCUUUUACAACAGGAAACAUAACCAUAAUUUACGUUGCGAUGCGUGCCAUUGAUGAUUUUCUUCACUCUGAGCUGUCUAAUAUUGCACAAGCUGUAAAGUUUGUUCCCCCCAAUGGUAUUGAAAGUGCUAGUGAAAGUAUUGGAGGGUACAAACAACUCAGGAGGGCAGUGACUAUUGAUAGCACCGUGGGAAGAGAAACCUUCCUUGUAGCCACUUGGCAAGCUGCUGAACCACCUGAGAUCAAUCUGGUUGAUCCCAAUCAGAAAAGCUACACCAGCAAGGACUUUGUCUCUGAUUUGGUUUUCCAUGUAGCAUGUCUCCAGAUUCCAGGAAUUGCAGAGGUGAGUCACGGCUUUUCCCCUGUUCUUGGAGCAAGCGUGACUGCUGUCAUCAGUCCAGAGAAUGGAGAUCCCAUUUCCUUGGAACUUCUGGACAAUGGAGCAGGUUCUGACAUUGUUAAGAAUGAUGGCAUAUAUUCCAAGUACUUGUUUUCUUUCCCUGGGAAUGGCAGAUACAGCCUGAAAGCUCAUGUCCAAGCUAACAGGACUAUUGUGCCACAAACUGCAAAGCUGUGGAGUCAUGCCAUGUAUAUACCAGGUUAUGUAGAAAAUGGUAAACUCAAGAUGAACCCAUCAAGACCCCCAGCUAUUAAAAGUGAUAUUCAAGUCAGAAGAGGAGGUUUCCAUAGAACAGCUGUGGGAGAAUCCUUCAUAAUAUCUGCAGUUCCAAUGGGACCUCAUGCUGAUGUGUUUCCACCAUGUAAAAUUAUUGACCUUGUGGCCAGAAUAGAAGAUGAUAAGGUCAUUCUAUCAUGGACAUCACCAGGAAAUGAUUUUGACAAAGGCCGAGCUGCAAGUUAUGAAAUCAGAAUAAGUGAGAGUCCUCUGGAACUAAGGGACAGCUUCUAUAACACCGGUGUAGUGAAUACUUCCACUCUCUCACCUCAGCAUGCUGGCUGCAAAGAAAUAUUUGCAUUUAAACCAGAAGCUUUUACAACAGGAAACAUAACCAUAAUUUACGUUGCGAUGCGUGCCAUUGAUGAUUUUCUUCACUCUGAGCUGUCUAAUAUUGCACAAGCUGUAAAGUUUGUUCCCCCAAUGGUGUAUCCCACUUCUAAUACGGAGUUUAGUUUUUCAACGAUAUUGUUACUAGUCUUUGGAUUACUAACAGUAGUGUGUAUUACAGUAAGCACAACCCUUUGUUUAGUAAAGAAAACAAAGAAAAAGACACUUUCAGAAAAUGCAGCUAAGUUUCUUUAACAUAAAGUGUCAGAGCUUGUUAGAACUCCAGAUAUUUAAAAACAUUUAACUGCUUUGACUUGGAAAAGUAGAUAUCCUACAAUAAACAGAAUAAAUAAGUAAUCACA